AUGGCAGAAGCUGCGCCAAAUAGUCUAGUCCCUGUUGGGACAGAUGCGGCAGCAAAUGCAAAGCUUGCCGAAGCCUGGAAAGAGAUGGAGAAUCAAGUACAGCAGCUUGCAAACUUGUCUUGGGGCGAAACCUACCAAAAGGACCUUCAACCAGAAGAUGUGAUACGAAACUUGGAAAAGAUUCAGAAUGGCAAGAAUAAAUCAGCCAUUUCCCAAACUGUGAAAGAAACGUUCAGCAAUACUCUUACUGCCGUCGCCAAAGUUGGUGGUAUGGUCGCAGAUGCAGCCUCGCAGUGCGGGCAGUUUUUGAAUCGUCUUCACCAUUAUGUCGCCAGCAAGAUGAAUUCAAAAUUGACAGAUUUUGCUUGCCAAGUGUUGACACUCUCUGUGGAUGUCUGCGACCAUGCCAUGGGUCUGCGCCACUCAAAAGCUUUCAAGUUUAAGACAUUCAUGAAGAUUGCCUUCUUCGACCAGGAUAACCUCGCAGGGUUGAUGGGUCAGAUGGAUGGCCUUACCCAGAAAGAAAGCCUAAUUGUCCUGGCGCAGACCUACCAAAAAGCCUCCGAGGCUGCGGAAAAUUCGAAGAAUACUCUAGGUCUUUUGUCUGAGGAUAAAGCUGACCAAGCGGAGGAGAAAAAAGCAACAACGGACAAGAACACUCUACUCAAUGUCUUGAAUUUUGAGAAUACCCCGGAUACCUGGGACGGUACUGCUCAAGCUCCGAUUACAACCUGGGCAACGACUUAUCAGAACAUACGACAACACAAGGUAGAAGGAACCGGAAAGUGGCUUCUUGAGGACAGCUCCUUCAAAUUAUGGACUCAGCCCAUGACCAAUACCCCAAUUCUAGCACUGGUCGGCGAAGACUCUGCGGGCAAAAGCUAUCUAGCAUCAACUGUCAUCAACAAUCUGCGGACCCAUAAGAAGGCCAAUGCAGGAAUUGAUGCACUGGGCAAGUCCUUGAUCUGGCAGUUCGCAGAAAGUGAUCCCUCUUACAUGCAAUCAGCGGCUGCUACCUGUCGAAAGGCCGGAAGUAUUGAUCCGGCCAGGAUUCUGCCUCGCUUGCUCCUUGAGAACCAUGAAGAGCUCGAGAAUGUUCUUGUUACCUUUUUCAUUGUGAUAAACAAGCUUGGAGAUAAGGAUGAGCAUGUGCAUCCCGCCGUGGUGAAGUUCCUUCAGCAGACUGCCCGAUGUAAGAGACAAGCGGUGCGUGUUCUGUUCACAUGCAAGCAAGGGACCAUCAACCGUUUGAAGCAGGAUGAUAUUAUUUGUCCUACUAUCUUGAUCCAUCCACGAAACGCGGGUGAUGUGAAGAAAUUCAUCGACGUUCGCAUGGACACCAUUGAUUCUCUAUCUGAUACCAGAAUUGAUGGAGUGUUGGAGCUUCGCAAGGAAAUCCAGGAAAAGCUCUAUGAGAAGACGCAUGGAAACUACUAUAUGAUAGACAAGACCCUUGCAAAGAUUAGCGCAUUGGACUACGAUAAAGACAUCUACAAGGCUCUUAAUAAUGCGAAUCAAAGUGUCGAGGAUCAUAUCAAUGACGAUGUGAUAAAACUCAACCAGUCGCUAAACGAGAAAGAGAAUCACGAAAUCAAUGAGAUUAUCUUGUGGAUCACUUUCGCACAGGAACACAUGUCUGUCGAUAUCAUGACUGCCGUGCUGCGAUUCAAGAAUGACGCAGCUUCCCUUCGCCCACUCGGAGACCGACUGAAGAGGAAGUUCCUACUCUUCGAAAUAGACAACGAUGGAUAUGUAGCAUUCCGCUCAGAUAAAAUUUUGAGCGCUAUACCAGAGCACGCUGCUACCGCUAGGGACCGUGAGAAGUCCAACAAGGAUGUCAAUGCUGGCGAGAUCGAGAUCCUUCGACACUUCCUCAAGUCUGUCUGUCCGCCUGUACUCGCUAAAAAGCUGGAGAUGGAGCAGAACUUCAGAUCAAAAGAACAGCCAGCAAGAGAAAAUAUUCUGCGAAGACAAGAACACUGCCCACCUCCAGCUUGCCAAGGUCUGUCUCCAUGCGUUAGCCGGAAAGGCUGGAGAGAACUUGAGACCUCUCCGCGGAUACGCUUCUCGACAGUUGCUGAAUCAUAUGUCGCAAGUUGA